AUGAAGUAUGGAAAGAGGUUUCGCGACGAGGUUGAGAGAACCCUGCCGGAAUGGAAAGGUCAGUUCAUAUGUUACAAGAGGUUGAAGAAGCAAUUGAAGCUGAUUAAUCCUCGGCUUUCAAGGGGCAGAAGGAUGCAUAAUCACUGGUCAAGAUUUGCUACUGGCAGGUUUUUGGAUGUGAAUAAUUUCAGGGAGAGAAUUGGUUUCACCCGAUUAUUAGAUAGUGAACUCAACAAGGUUAAUACGUUUUAUUUUGAUAAAGAGGAAGAUUAUAUCAUCCGAUUAAAGGAACUGCAACUUAGGGCUGAGAAUUUGGACUGUAAUGAAGAGAAGUUACAGGUGCAGCAGGACAUCUUGAAUUUUCAUGCAGAAAUGGUUUUGCUGCUUCAUUACAGUGUCCUUAACUUCACAGGAUUGGUAAAGAUUGUGAAGAAGCACAACAAGAGGACAGGCACUUCCUUUCAAUUUUCCUCCCUGCCUAGGGUUAUGCAACAGCCAUUCUUCUCCACUGAUUUGCUUUACAAGCUUAUGAGGAAGUGUGAAACGAUGCUGGAUGAACUAUUUCUUCCAUAA